CAAGUGCUCUGCAGAAGAGGGCCCUUGUGGUUCCUACCACUAGGCAUUUCAUUUGUGUCUUGCGGGACUUGUAGUUUAAUGACGCAACAACUUACUAUGGUUUUAGGGCAACGAUAAGACUGAAAAACUACAAUAUCCAUGUUAUUAUCGCUGGAUGCAUUUAGCGUUUCCAUGAGGCAGGGUUACCAUUAGUAUUUUAAACAUGGACUUUACAAAAUGUUUUAUGACAAGAGGCAGCUGAAUCUUGUAUUUAAACGUAUUUUAUACAUUGUCCCUUAGAGAUACCGACUUAUAUCCAAAUUCAGUUUAGAAACAGGUUGUCUUUGAUGUAACGUUAGUGGCAUAGUUAGCUGGUGAGGCACCUAGCAUCGUCGAUCACAAAAUGUUGUUGGAUGUUUUACAAGGAGCAGAUGCAGGAACUUUCAUCAUAUUUCUAGACACUGCCAAUUUUUCGGGUCGCUGCCUACUUAAGAGUUAUAUAAAUACUGCACUGAAACGGGAAGACGUGGUCCAUGUGCUUGAGUUCGAAGUGAGCGAGGAGGAACUGCGUGAUGGCUUGGACAGUCAGUGUGGCCGAAGGAUGCAUUUCCAUGGUGGAUUUGCAGACCCUUUGGGCUGGAUGAAGCGUUCAUCAUUCAACGUUCAUCAAUUCAUCUCUCAGGAUUUAUCAACCCUUCUUACACAAACACAGCAAUCCAGAUCUGCAGUCUUGGUCAUGGACUCCCUCUCAUGGCUUCUGAGACACCUUGAUCCUGUAGUUGUCUGCCAACGAUUGCAAGAGCUAAAGAGAGGGGGUGCUGUUAAAACCAUCAUAGGGCUACUGCACUCUGACCUGCACCAGACUAGUGUGGUGGAAAGUGUCUGCCACUUGGCCUCCACAGUCAUCUCACUGGCACCCUGGACGAAGGGGCCGUGGGCUUUAGCCAAGACAACAAAACGCACAAAAUCAGGAAAAGUUCUUCAAGAGGAAGAGCUCUUUAGUGUCCAGGAGGAUCUGACCAUCACUGUGCACAGCAAAGUCAGCCAUGCCGUGCCGACACAGGCAGAGCCUGACUCUGAGGCCGAUCCGACAGCCAACCUCACCUUUAACCUUCACCUGUCAGAAAUGGAGAGAGAGGCUAAAGAGAAAGUGGCCUUACCCUUUGUCUUCAGUCACGAAAAGAAAUCUGCUCUACUCAAUCCGGGACAAGGAGCAGGUCGAAUUCUGUAUGAGCCAGAUGAAAAUGAUGACUUUGAUCAAGAAGAUCCUGAUGAGGACCUUGAUGUCUGAGGAUGCACACAGGCAAAAAUGACCUUGUUAUAUUUAAAAUAUGAACUUAACCAGGGCAUGUACCAGUAAUGAGUUUGUACCAUGAUGAACAGUUGUUACUGAAGAUCCCAAUGGUUUCCCCUCCUGGCUGAUGUGGUAGCAAACUGGAUGUUUUUUUUUUUUAUUACUAUUAUUAUUAUUAUCAUUAUUAUUAUUAUUAUUAUUAUUAUUCUAGCUGUAGAUCACCACAUGAUGGUGCUGUGCUUCAUAGUGAAGGCAUUUGCCAUAUUUCAUUCAUUUACCACAAGUGAUGUUUAUGAUUUUCCCAGAUGGCUAAAAUGUUUUUUAGAAUACUGGCAAAGGGUCUGCUGAUUAUUAAGUAAAUCUGCUUUGUGGAAAGCCCUCCUGCAGUCUGUAACCUGCGUUGUAGUUGGGAACAAACCUGUAGAAGUUUAUUUUGCCACGGAAGUCUAUAUCUUGAGUCAGAGGAUAUGUUAUUCAGUUUAUGUAUGUUAUUCAGUUUAUGUAUGUAAUCAGCGAUAUCCAACUGUUGACAUCCUGAAUGAAAACUGAUGUUUUGCGCCAGUAUCAAGAAUUAUGUUUGGGAAUUCUGUACCCCAAUCCUAAGUGCCAAUUCUUUCAUUUUAGGAUUUGAAGGUGUCAGAACGGCAACUCAAAUUAUACAGUAUACUUUUUCUGCUUCAUCAACACGUUUGUUUAUUUGAUUGAAAUAUUAACACAAUGUCAUAGGGGGAAAUUGGUGAAAGGGUCCCUCCCCACCAAGCCAUGUAUACAGAUGGAAGCGAACAAUGACUCACACUCUUCUUUGGUGUCACUCCCCCAAACAUACACACACACACACACGCACACACUCAAUAACUCCAACUCAAAGCUGUUUGCUCAGCUUGCGACUCUGCCUCUCACGCCCCUCAAAGGCAGUUUUGGAGUCGCGCAUCUCGUCCAGUAGUCGCCUCAUGCGGACCAUGUCCAGUUGAGCGGUCUCACACUCUUCCCGCAGCUCCCCCAUCUCCUCGCGCAGAUGUGCGGCGGCCGCAGACAGAUGUUCGGCCCGAUCGCUGCACUGGGACUGCACACGCCUCGCCUCUGCCAGCAGGGACUCCACGCUGCUCACCACGGACUCCACCUGAGACGCAGACAUCCCCUGCAGUGACACACACAGACGAGAAAGACUGAAGUUUACACUGAAAUGAUUAGGAAUAGAUUAGGCUCCAACAGUGAAGGCUUUUGUGUGAUCAACGACAUUUAAUGUGGAGCUUUAUGGAAAUGUGCCUUCAUUAGGAUCUGAAGACAGGUUCAGGCAACUUGUUUGCGCUCAGACAAUUGUACUUAAAAUAUAAAGCUUCUAUGCAACUACAUAUCCAUCAAAAUUAGGUUUAGGGGUAUCCUGAGCCACUA